CUUUUCAUAUCAUGAAGUGCCAGAAAUUGUACAAUGGAAGCGAAAUACCUAUUUUAGGACUGGGAACAUAUAGAAUAAAUACAAUUGAAGAGCUUCGCCCAGUAGUUUAUGAGGCUGUUCGUUCGGGAUAUCGACUGAUAGACUCUGCUACUGUUUAUCGCAAUGAGCAAGUACUGGGGCAGAUCCUAAAAGAAGUUUUUGCUGAUCCUUCUUUUGGUGUUCAAAGAAAAGAUCUUUUUAUUACUUCAAAACUUUCUCCGCAGAACCAAGGCUAUGAUGCUUGUUACAAAGCUGUCACAGAAUCUUUAAACAAGUUUGAUUUGGAUUAUCUUGAUCUGUAUUUGAUUCAUUGGCCUGGCACGGCAAAAAAGAAGUUAUCUGAUCCAAUUAAUCAGACAAACCGUACUGAAAGCUAUAGAGCAUUAGAGCAGCUGUACAAGGAAGGCAAAUUGAAGCAUAUUGGUGUCUCUAACUACACAGUGAACCAUCUAAAGUACUUAUUGGAUCAUUGUACUAUCGUUCCUCAUGUUCAUCAGUUUGAAUUGCAUCCAUGCUUGUUUCAAGAAGAUUUGUUCGAUUUGUGCCAAAAAAACAAGAUUCAGAUACAAGCCUAUUCAAGCUUGGGGGAAGGUCAAUUGGUUAAUGGUGAAAUCCAGAUACCACAUUUGCAAACUAUUGCAGACAAGCUGAAUGUGUCUAUUGCUUUAGUUUUAUUGAGAUGGGCUGUUCAGCAUGGUUGGUUGAUUAUACCAAAAUCAAAGACAGCUACUAGAAUAAGGGAAAAUGCGGCUGUGUUUUCAUUCAACAUAGAAGAUCAGGGUAUGAAACUACUUGACACUAUUCAUACAACAGAACAUAGACGUUUCUGCUGGGAUCCAAGCGAUAUUUAUUAAAUCCUGCUCCUGAUAACUAUGGAAGUUUUAGUAAACAUUUCAGGACGCAAAUGUGUACUGGAUAAGUAAAGUUCAAAAAUAAAACACAUUGCAUUUGAAAC